GGGGCCGGGGAAACAUCUUAGCCCAGCAGCCGAUCGCUGUUUGCUCCUGGGGACAGUCGGCCAGGGAGGAAGAAGAGAUCAGCCACGUGCAGGCUGGUCGCGAUCAGGACUCUUCCUCUAGGCCGGUAGUGGGAGCGGCAGCUGCGAUCGGCCACAGCUCAGGCCGAUCGCAAAUGUGCACCUUUCGCUGAGGCUUGCCGGCGCAGAGGAGCAAAAAUUGCUGGGGACGGUGGCGGUGAUUGGCCACGUGUGCAGGCCGAUCGCGAGCCUCCUCCCACCCCAGCUCCUGACUCGUAAGGCACCAGCUGCACGCUUACCCCAGGAAGGGAUUAACGGCCUUCGCACACGCUGCGGCAGGAAGGGAGCAGCUGUGCUUCUCAGCAGUCAGAGUGCCGAGGGACCAAGCAGACAAAGGCCUUUCUCAGGGGCCUAGGGUGAUAUAUGGGGCUUGGUCUUUUUUCUUUUCAUUGCUUGGGGAAUGCGGAAGGGGGCUUCUUUCAUGGGGGAAUGCUCUUUUUGAGGUCAUUUCAUUGCUUGGGGAGUGUUGAGGGAGUUGAUGUGGGAGAAUUAUUAUAUUGGAUUGAUUGAUUAAUUGGGGAGCCAACUGAUGGUUAAGUUGAUGUGGGAGCAUUAUUGUAUUGGAUUGAUUAAUUGGGGAGCUGAGUGAUGAGUACCUUGCAGAAGGACUGAAGGAGUAAAAGCUUGAAUAACAAGCAGAGGGCUAUCCAGUUUAGGGAGCCUGGCCCACAAUUUGCCAGAGCGGUGCGAGACAUCCUAAGCCAGUUGAGCAGUUAAAAAAGCUCGUUUGUAGAAGCAAGCAUGGAUUGUCCCCUUUGCUAAGCAGGGUCUGCUCUGGUUUGUAUUUGAAUGGGUGACUACAUGUGAGCACUCCAAGGCAAGGUUUUUUCCCUUUAAUGGUCCUUCAGUUGUGCUAUAUUUGCUCCCAUUAAGUUAAAACAAAAUAAAUUAAAAUGAAAUGAAAAUAAAAUAAAAUAAAAGGAGAGAGAGGGAGAGGCCUUAAUAGCUUAUUUUCUGUUGCUAGAGUGGUGCGAGGUAUUCUAGGCCAGUGGAGCAUUUAGAAGAGCUGGUCUUGUGGAAGCAAGCAUGAAUUGCCCCCUUUGCUAAGCAGGGUCUGCCCUGGUUUGUAUUUGAAGGGGUGACUACAUGUGAACAUUCCAAGUCAGGGUUUAUUCCCUUUAAUGGUCCUUCAGUUGCAAUAUAUUUGCUCCCAUUAAAUUAAAAUAAAAUAAAAAUAGAAUAAAAUAAAAUAAAAAGGAGAGAGAGGGAGAGGCCUCAAUCACUUAUUUUCUCUUCGUUUGAGUUUCAGCCACCCUGAGCCUAUUGUGGAGGAGUGGUGUAAAAAUUGAAUUGAUAAUAAUAAUAACAACAACAACAACAAAUAAAUAAAUUACAGCUAUCUCACCCCCCCCCCACACACACACACACUCUUGUUCCCGCAUUUGGCCACGUAGGCGAGUUGGGAAUCAGUUGCAGCCUCUUUAAGGGAUUCUGCCAGGCCUGCUCAGUCAUGCCAACAAGGAAAGGGCCCGGCAAGGAGAAGGGCAAGGGAAAGGCUCCGGCCCCUAAGCAGCCUUCAGCACGGCCGAGGGAACCCGACCCCUACUCUGGAUCAGAGGAUGAAGGGCAGCUGGUAAUGGCGAGGAUUUUGUCUCGCUUAGAUGCGUUGGAGUCCAGGAAGAAGGCCACUCGAGGGGAGGGGUCCAAGGCGGUUGGGAAGCAGGGGGCAAGGAAAGCAGGGAACCAACCUAAUAAGCAGCUGCAACUUUUACAGUCCAUUGAGGUGAGGCUGGACGCGCUAGAGAGUGGCGAAGGGGAGGCAACUGGAUCAAUGGAGAAUGCCAGCCGGAACACCUUGGAUGCAGAUGUCAGGUCCUUUGGAGGAGCGCUUUUGAACUCUCGCCCCAGCAGCCAGGGAGCUUCCCAAACUUUUUCCACCCCACCUAUGGAACCUUGGAUUCUAGAGGCAGAGGAGGCCAUUCGCCUAUCCCUAGCACCUAGUACAAGAGUGCGCUAUGCGUCGGCUGUCCAUGCGUUUCAUGCAUUUAGGGUUGACACAGGGCUGAAGGACCUAUGGCCCAUCCCAGCUGACUUCCAGGUGCGCAGAAUGCUUGAGGGAUUGGCCCGAGAACACCCCCCUCGACCAGACAUGAGGGUCCCGCUGGCACCAACAACCCUGCAACAGACGGUCAGGCACCUCCUUUCCCUUUGCGGAUACUCAUCUAUGGGCACAGCUAUGUGUUCUGGGCUAGUCGGCGAGCUCAGCAGACCAGCUUGGUUACCCAGUUGGGCCUGGCAGGAGCGGCGGAAGUGGAGUGGAUGGGGUGCCGAGGAAUGCUGUGGAACCUUUUCCUUCCAUUUCUAGAAUUGAUCUUUUCAGGUAAAGCGGCUGAGGAACUGGGUGAAUUUGAGUUGACAAGGGAAGAUGUUAUAAACUGUCUUGAAAAACUAAAAAUUAACAAAUCGCCAGGGCCAGAUGGCUUCCACCCAAGAGUUUUGAAGGAACUCAAAUGUAAAAUUGCCGAUCUCCUAGCAAAAAUAUAUAAUUCGUCUCUACAAUCAGACUCUGUACCAGAGGACUGGAAAGUAGCCAGUGUGACUCCAGUUUUCAAGAAGGGAUCCAGGAGGGAUCCAUGAAAUUACAGGCCGGUCAGCUUAACUUUGGUGCCAGGUAAAUUGAUGGAAAGCAUACUUAAAGACAAAAUUGUUAAGCAUAUAGACAAAAAAGUCUUGUUGAAGGAGAACCAGCAUGGCUUCUGCAAGGGUAAGUCUUGUCUCACUAACCUUUUGGAGUUCUUUGAGAGUGUCAACAGGCAUGUGGAUAAAGGUGAUCCAGUUGACACAGUAUACUUGGACUUCCAAAAAGCUUUUGAUAAAGUUCCCCACCAAAGGCUCUUGAGUAAACUUAGCAGUCAUGGAAUAAGGGGACAGGUUAAUGUGUGGAUCGGUAACUGGUUGAAGGACAGGAAACAGAGAGUAGGAAUAAACGGAUAGUUUUCACAAUGGCAGUAGGUAGGAUGUGGGGUCCCCCAGGGAUCAGAACUGCGACUGGUGCUCUUGAACUUGUUCAUAAAUGAUCUAGAAGUUGGGGUGAGCAGCGAAGUGACCAAAUUUGCAGAAGACCCUAAACUAUUUAGGGUAAUGAAAUUCACAACAGAUUGUGAGGAACUCUAAAAAGAUCUCUCCAAACUGGGUGAGUGGAUGAAAAAAUGGCAAAUGUGGUUCAAUGUAUGCAAGUGUAAAGUGAUGCACAUUGGGGCAAAAAACACCAACUUCACAUACACUGAUGGAAUCUGAGCUGUCGGUGACUGACCAGGAGAGAGAUCUUGGGGUCGUGGUGGACAACUCAUUCCAUGCUAGGAAUCAUUAGGAAUGGGAUUGAAAAUAAAAAUGCUAAUAUUAUAAUACCCUUAUAGAAAUCUAUAUUGUGGUCACAUCUGGCAUACUGUGUAUAGCUUUGGUCACUGUAUCUUAAGAAGGAUAUUGUAGAAAUGGAAAAGGUGCAGAAGAGAUCAGGGGCCUGCAGCACCUUCCUUAUGAGGCUAGGCUGUAGCAUCUGGGGCUCUUUACCUUGGAAAAGAGGCGACUAAGGGGAGACAGGAUCGAGGUGUAUGAAAUUAUGCAUACAGUGGAAAGUGUAGGCAGAGAGAAAUUUUUCUCCCUCUCUCACAACACUAGAACCAGGAGUCACCCCAUGAAACUGAAGGUCAGGAAAUUUAGGACCAACAAAAGGAAGUACUUUUUCACACAGCACAUAAUUAAUCUAUGGAAUUCUUUGCCAUGGGAUGUGGUGAUGGUCACCAGCUUGGAUGGCUUUAAAAGAGGCUUAGACAGAUUCAUGGUGGACAGGUCUAUCAAUGGCUACUAGUCAGGUGGCUGUGGGCCAUCUCCAGCCUCAGAGGCACAAUGCCUCUCAAUACCAGUUGCAGGGGAGCAAUAGCAGGAGAGAGGGCAUGCAUAUAUACUUCUUGCCCCAGAGGCAUCUGUUGGGCCACUGUGUGAAACAGGAUGCUGUACUAGAUGGGCUUUGUGCCUGUUCCAGCAGGGCUGUUCUUAAGUUCAUAUGUUUUCCCCACUUCAGAAACCGUCUGCUUCUUAAGGCCAUCCAGGCUGGUUGCUGUCACCACAUCUUGUGACAGAGAAUUCCAUAGGUAGAUGGACCACAGCGACACCAAGCUAAACCAAGGCUCCAUUAUUAGAAGCAGUGUGCCACUGAGUGCUAGAUGCUGUAUGAUAGGCAACAAGGCAUGGCUACUACAUCAUACCCACCCUGUGAAUUUCCCAUGGCAUCUGAAUGGCCAUCGUUGGAAUAAUGCCAGAUAAACCCUUCCUCUGAUCCAAUGAGGUAAUUCAUAUUUGGCCUAAAUGCACAUGAGAAGAUUGUGUAUAACACAUUACUGUAUUUAUGUUUUCCCUGAUGUAGGAGGUGUGUGUGCUUACUUCUCCGCUACACAAGAAAAUCAAUACCUGGGUAGGAACUAGCCCCAAAGCAUAACAUUUUUGCAGUAAGCUGUAAAGUUGUGUGUGUGUGUGAUUUAUUUAUUCAUUAUUUUAUUUUAUUUAUAAGAUUUAUAUGCCAUCAUUCUUCUUAAAUGAAUUCAUGGCUGCCCAGAGAUGUAGGUUUGGGCGGGGUACAAAUUUAAAUAAAUAAAUAAAUAAAUAAAUAAAUAAAUAAAUGGUAGCUUACAACAAAAUUUAUUUAAAAACACAGUAAAACACAACCCCUAAAAUCAUAGAAAUGCAGGAUAAGGCAAUCAUUAAAUCAGGGCUGUCACAGAUAAAUGUACAGAGUUCGGGGGAGUCCUGCUGGAAUUAAAAAAAAUACUAAGUACUCUGGUCUAUGACCGUAAUAAAGCUUAGAUUGGAUUGGACUGAAAAAUUAUUAAGAAUUAGACAGAGAGGAGAAAAGCCUAAGAUCAAGGGGCAGAGUGCUCCAGAGAGCUGGGGCCACCACUGAGAUUGCUCAGCCAUGUAUCACCUGUGUUAUGUAAGUGAUGUGGGUUGUGUGGAGUCACAGUCAGACCCAAUUAGCCAAAAAUAAGAAAAUAUGUUACAUCUAUUAGGUCCCUACAUAAAGACAUAUGGAAUGUUCUGGUAACAGGAAGUUAACUGGCUUCUUCAGACUAUUGACAGGUUCUGGAACAAACUACUGAGAACAGAAUAUGAAGAGAAGACAAAAGAGAAGGAACUGAAAAAGUACCCUGGUUUCUUUUUAAAAUAUUGUUUUUUUCUUUUUCUUUUUGGAAAUCUACUGCAAAUAUUUCUGUAAGUAAAUAAAUAUUUCUGCAUCCUCUUACAUUUACUGAGGAUUCUGCUUAUCUAAAGAGCCAGACCUCCUGGCCUGGAUGAGUAACUGAGGCUCCCAACAACACAUGUUGUCCUCAGAUCCGAACGCACCCUAUUCUGCAUGAUGGAUAAGAAGUGGUACUUUAGCUUGCCCUUUGGUGGCUAUCAUCAAAACAUUUGCUCCCCUUAAUCCAGCAGUCAGUUCUGUUGGACUCAGUUAUGUCUUGGAAUGUAGAAUGAGCUCUUACAGAAUGACUGAGCAUGAUCACAUCCAAGUCUGUACUCUACUCUGUGUGAUGUUUUUUGAAAAAAAGUGGACAUUUGUCAGAUGCAGGAUGUGAAGUCAUACAAGCUACUUGCCCCAAUAACCUGUGGAGGAUGCAUGUACUGUACUUGCCCCUUGUGGAAACCCAACAUAUGAUGAAUGUCUAGAACCAGAUCCAUGUAUGUAUAUGUGUGUAUGUAUAUGUAUGUAUGAAUGAUAUACUGCCUGAUGUGUAUCUCAUGUGAUUCAUCUAUGAAUCUUCAUUGAAGUAGCAUAAUCUGUUCAGUUAAGAUUCUAGUUUGUGCUUUCUUAGGAAAUACAUAACAUUCCAAAUAUAAAUAUCUCUAAUUAUCAAUGGCACAAAGAAAAUAUCACCAAUUAGAAUAAAAAGUUUCUUGUAAGUGUAUUAAGCUGCCUUUAUAACUCUGAGCCAUUAUAAGUAUCUGGUGCAUAAUUUAUUUGGAGUGCUUUAGCUAACAAGAAGAGAGAGAGAGAGAAAUAUUUCUUUUAAAUGAAGAAAUGGAAAUAUAGUGAUAUUAUGCAGCCAUGCUUAGCUUGAGCACAUAAGAAAAUGAGAUGCAUUAAAAAGGGGGCACAAGCCAAUAACAAUAAAGAAUGUUCAUGUAAUAAAAA